UAUUAUCAUGAAAGAUAUGAUCUGAUUACAGAAAUCAUGUGAUAUGUUUCAUAUUUAGCUUAAUAGCCCUAGUUAUAUAUAUAUAUAUUUGGGAUUAUGAUUCUUUUUUUUUCUUGACAGUCGGGAUUAGGAUUCUUAUCCCACUCGCUGCUGUUUAUUCGAAAACCCUGAGAUUUCACAAAAUCCUUCAACGAUGAUGACGGAGACGCUCCCCCACCAGAACUCUAAUUCUUCCACCGCCACCGUGAAGAGUGAGCAACGCCGCCGUAAGCAGAAGAAGAUCAACAAAGCAUCUCAAGAGGCGAGACCUAAAACCGCUAAAGAUAAUAAUGAGAACACUGAUCCAAAGCAGGUUGCUGAACAAGUUGAGUAUGUAUGGGAGAAGUCCGAGUUAGAUGAAGGCAUGGAUGAACAAUUUAGAAGAAUCAUUGAGAAAUUCAGUUUCAUCGCAGGUUCUGAGGAUACUUAUAAGAACGAUACGUCGGCUUCGGCUGCGGCUGCUACUGAUGAUUCUGAAGAAGAAAAUGAUAAAGAGCUAAUAAAAAAGAAAGGCAUCUCAAACAAGAAGAAAAAGCUUCAACAGAGGAUGAAAAUUGCUCAACUGAAACAAAUUUGCUCAAGACCUGAUGUUGUUGAGGUGUGGGAUGCUACUGCAUUAGACCCAAAGUUGCUUGUGUUUUUCAAAUCUUAUAGGAAUACUGUACCAGUGCCUAGGCAUUGGAGUCAGAAGAGAAAUUUUUUGCAAGGGAAACGAGGUAUUCAGAAACAACCCUUUCAGCUUCCUCAUUUCAUUGCUGCCACUGGAAUUGAGAAAAUCAGACAGGCUUAUAUUGACAAAGAGGACGGUAAAAAGCUCAAACAAAAACAGAGGGAACGCAUGCAACCAAAAAUGGGGAAAAUGGACAUAGACUAUUGGGUUCUUCAUGAUGCAUUUUUCAAGUACCAGACAAAGCCAAAACUGACUUCUCUCGGGGAGCUGUAUCAUGAAGGAAGAGAAUUUGAGGUAAAGUUGAGGGAGAUGAAACCUGGCAUGUUAUCACAUGAAUUGAAAGAAGCUCUUGGUAUGCCUGAGGGUGCCCCUUCUCCAUGGCUUAUUAAUAUGCAGAGAUAUGGCCCUCCACCAUCAUACCCUUCCCUGAAGAUUCCUGGACUGAAUUCUCCCAUCCCCCCUGGGGCUAGCUUUGGUUAUCAUGCUGGUGGAUGGGGCAAGCCUCCAGUUGAUGAGCAGUAUGGGCGUGCAUUAUAUGGAGAUGUUUUUGGUGUUCAACAACAAGAGCAUCCUAACUAUGAGGAAGAGCCAGUUGAUAAGACCAAACACUGGGGUGAUUUGGAGGAGGUGGAGGAAGAAGAAGAAGAAGAAGAGGAAGAGGAGGAGGAGGAGGAAGAAGAAGAAAUGCAGGGGGAGGAACUUGAAGCUGGUAUUCAGUCUGUUGAUAGUAUCUCAAGCGCACCCACUGGGGUAGAGACACCUGAUGUUAUUGACCUACGGAAGCAACAGAGGAAGGAGCCUAAGGAGCCUGAGAGACCUCUUUAUCUGGUGCUUGAAGAGAAGGAAGAAAAAAUUGCUCCAGGAACUUUCCUUGGAACCACUCACACUUAUGCGGUUGGCACUGGCGGCACCCAGGACAAGUCAGGUGCUAAAAGGGUUGAUUUGCUUAAAGGACAGAAGUCAGAUAAAGUGGACGUUACAAUACAGCCGGAAGAGUUGGAAACAAUGGAUAAUGAUGCUUUGCAUGCCAAAUAUGUAGAGGCAAGGGAGGAAGAGAAUUCGCGUAGUCAUCAUGAAGAUUUUAGUCAAAUGGUUGCAGAGAAUGAGAAGAAGAGAAAAAGAAAGAUGCAAGAAAAGGAGGGCAAGAGGAGGAAGAAGGACUUCUUUUAGGGGGGCAGGCGGGCGCCAUUUACCUUUUCCUUUGCUUGCAAAUGGCCAUGGAGCGUGCUAACCUUUAUUGAUAUUAGUUGGAAUUAGUUAAAGGAGAUGACUUAUUGAGAUUCAGUUAUUUAAUUAGCUCUCAAUACACGUAAUAUUAAUAUUGUAUUCUGUUGAAGAUUAAUACAACUUUCACAUUCAUUCACUUGAUAACCUUUGCCCCCCUCGUGCAAUUCUCUACUUCCCAUGAAUAGAAAAUUUGAUUGAACGCAGGUGGGAACUAGUAAGAAUGUAAGAUAUCCAUGCAAUUGCACCAGUUGCUGUCGGUGGGUCGCGGUUGAUUUUACCUAUAUUAUUAACAAUUUGUAUAUAAAUAAUGAAUUAUUUAUUAAAUAAAAUUUAAUGAAAA